UUGUUGGUUGCAGUGAUUCGACCAUUUUAAUACUUACAUUUUAGUUUAAUGCAUUUUAUAUUGUAACUAAACUAGCGACAGUUUUAAAAUAUUAAAAUGAGUAUUUUUAUAUUACUUAUGUUUUUUGUCCUAGAACUUCUAUGGAUUCCAAUCAAUGCAGAUGAUUUUCCAACACUUGGAAUAUCACCAUGUGUAUAUUCAGGUAGUUAUGAUGAAAGUGGAGCUUACGGUUAUGUUUUACCAAUGCCGGUUUCAUCUCUACCAAUGGAGUGCACAUCCUUUAUUUAUGAUGGAAUAAUAUAUGAUAACAGUUCAGAUAUUAAUCCUCCUCCUGCUAGUUUAAAAAUUAUGAACGCUUUUAAAGCAUCUGGCAAAAGAUUUUUUUUAAUUUAUACUCAUGGAUCCUUAACACAAUGGAUGUCAUCAUUAGAUUCUAGUGUUGAUAUUGAAACAGAAGCAUUAUCAUCAUUUAUAAAAGAUAGUGCUGCGUCAGGUAUAAUACUGAAGGAUUUAGAUUAUAAUUAUGAUGCUAAUUUAUCAUAUCACGUUGACACAAACUUCUACAGUAAUUUAAAUAAAACCAUUCUUUGUAUGAAACAAUCUAUUAUCGGUUUAAAAAUUGGAAUAUAUGUUAAUGCGAGUAAUAUUAUAUAUCAUUAUAGUAAUGCAUCGUCUCAAGAUUUCUUUGAUUUUACUGUAUUAAAUGAUGCUGUGGACUUUUAUAUAAUUGAAUUUGAUGGUUUCAAUGAGUGCAAUGAUCAAUUUAGAGGCGGAAUUGUUCCUCUAUGUGGUCCUAAGUCUUUGGUAACGUUUGCAGAAGCUUUUCAAUGUUCAACGAUUGCAAAGAAUAAAAUUUAUCUUGAAUUUUCAGCUAAUCCUACUCCUGAUAUUACUGAAAAUAAUUUGCCAUUAUGUGGAAUGUCAUAUCAAAAACUUUGUGAAGACAGUAAGAGCCUAAAAAUGUGGUGUGCUGAUAAUUCAGAUUCAUUAUAUUACAAAGGACAAUUUGCUAAAGUAACAAUAAAUGCGCAAGGAAUCGUAGUAAAGUAUAUCGAUACAAUUGAUCCCGCUGGAUCCUGCAAUUGUGAUUAUAAAAAUCAAUUUAUAACAUUUCAAAUGUUGUUACGUGGUUUUAAAAACGUAGAUAAUAUUAAGGAUUGUACAUCAAUAAAUGAUUUUACAAAGGUUAAAUGCUCGGAUGAUGGAAAUUAGGAUUCUGGAAACUGUGUUACUAAUUUUUUUCAUAAUUUGUUUUAAAUGGUUAAAUGUUUAUCAUAAUUUUUAUAUUAUGCUUAUCAAGGGUAAUUUAUUUUAAGUACAUUAUGAAUAAUUAUAACACAUUAUAUUAAAAAUUUGCGUUUUUAUGUAAUUAUAUAGCUGUGUGAAAUUAUUUUUUCUAUUGAUCUUAUGUAUUUAAUAUUAUAUUCACUGAUAACAUAAAUUUACAAUAUUUAUUUUUUUAAAUGUGUUUUAAGAAAAAUUACAAUUUAAUUUUUUAAUUUUUAAGACUCACAAAUUAAAAGAAAUACAAAAACAUAUACAAUUAUUUAAAAAAAAUUAAAAUGCUAGUCUUUACAUUUUGAAAAAACGAUCCAUGAGAGUCAAAAAAGAAGUCAUUAUAGUAGUAUACUAGUACGUAUUUAAAAAACGGAAAACUAAAGAAAAAAUAUGGUCGCCGUUAUUUAAGACUCAGACGGCAUCCACGGUCGCGCCCAUACCUAGCCGAUUUAAAUAAUGUUAAAGUUAAAGUUCUUAAGUAAUUUAAGUUGAUACAAAUACACGUAUGUAAAACUUUCUCAAACUAUAA